AUGGCCGACGCUCUCCUCCUUCCGCGCCGCUUCUUCGCACCGUCGUCAGCCGCAUCCGGCGCCUCUUCAUCCGCCUCUUCGUCCCCGCCGUGUCGUUGGGUGCUCUCGUCGCCCGGCUCCCCGCGGCGGGCGCGCCUGGCGGGCGCUCACCCGCAACCCCGGCCUCGUCGGCUCACUCGACACAAGACUUAUGCAGCAGAGCCAGAGAGUGGCGAGCAACCAAAAUGGUGGGAGAAAAAUGCUGGACCAAACAUGAUUGACAUCCACUCCACAGUGGAGUUCUUGGAUGCACUUAGAGAUGCUGGAGACAGGCUUGUUAUUGUUGAGUUCUAUGGAACCUGGUGCGUUAACAGGCUCUCUCAAGUCUUAGAAGGAAUAACAGCUGACAAGCUUCCUGACAAAAUUCAGUGCAACUGA